UGUUUCCCGCCAUCACAUUUCCACAACAGCUGUGUGCACGCAACAAGUGACUGCCAAAUUAGUGUUGUAAAGUGUGGUAUUGAUUUAAAAAUAUGGAGCCUGUUGAACAUCACAAACGCUUUGAGUACUGCACAACGAGAUUGCAAUACAGACAGGGACGUGAAUUAAAGGCAGUUAAAGUCUAUUCCGUUGCUACGGAGUCCAAGCACUUGAUGGUUUUCGGCGUACCCAAGGUUAAUCUACAUGCGAACAUUAAGAAUAAAUUACAGGGCUUUGGGAAAUUACUGUCCUGCAUUUGUGUGACAUCGGAAAUGGCUAAGAAGAUGGAUCUUGAAGCAUUCACAGAUGUCUUUGCUGUACAUUUCGAGCGAGUAGAGCAGGCUCGUCGUGCUAAGAGGCAACUAGAUGCGAAGCAAUUCUUUGGUGGCAUUUUGCACAUAUCUUAUGCACCUGAGAGAGAAACACCCCAAGAGCUAAGGGAGAAAUUUGUGCAGCGUCGCAAAGAGAUUGGUCAUCGCAUACAGCGGAAUCUGGCAGAGCAACCACUUAAGCCUAAGCAGACGAAGCAGAACGAAGUGGUAGAUAUUUAAUAAUUUAUAGUUGUGGCGCUUUAUUGAACCUAAUCCAGGAUAACACGAGCCUCUACGGCCCAACAAUCUUUUUUUUAGAUUCGCUAGUGCAAUGUGUGUAUUUCACAAAAUUUUGUACAAUUGCAUAUUGUCACUUGUAUUACUUUUGUUUCGUUCUGCGGAGUUCGUGGUAAUAGUUCAGCAGACUAAUACGUUUCGCCCACAAUUGGGAUCCAUAGUGGGCCCAGAAACUGCAAAAGAUUGCAUAUUAACAGAUAAUUCAAAAGUAACCCAUAACAAAGUAUACUUACAUGCCGAACAUGGCACCACCUAAAUGCGCUGCAUGAUCAAAGAACUUCCAGCCCAUAACACAGCCUGCAAAGUCAAUGCCCAUGAUCACUUUAAUAGCUGCGCCGGCAGAGAAUGUAACUGUAGGCAGGAACAAUAUGCUCAACUGGGUUUCAGGAUACUGUGCACAAACAUAGGCCAAGACGGUCAUGAUGGCUCCCGACUGCAUGAACGCGGAAUUAGAGACUCGGUAAUUGAGAAUGUGUAGAUGAAAUGGAUAAUUGAACGUACCGCACCCAAAGACAUGCCCGGAUGUUUUGUGCCCGCCUUGUAAAGAACGCUCAUCAAGCUGGAGAAGACGCCGGCACUCAAAUAGACGGCCAUGAAUUGCUCUUUGCCCAAGGACAAAACGGCUGCAUUGGAAAAGCUGUGGAGAACAUACAUAUUGGCAAAUAUAUGCAUAACUGAGUAGUGACUGAAUGUCGACAGGAACAUUGGCCAGCAAACGAUACCUGCAAUAAAAUAAUUAAAAUACAAUUUAAAAAAAAACUGUAAUUAUGUAAUCUUAUCGAUUUAAAUGUGAUUGAACUCACGCGCUGCCGGAUUUGAUGUGAAAUAUGUUAACAUUGUGGUGCGCAAAGCUGGAACACGCCACAGACCAAACGCCAACAAGUUAGCUACUAGGAUUGGUGCAAAUGUCUUAUCGCCAGGCGAUAGGGAAUCCCAAAAGCGUCGCACAUCCUGUUUCAACUGCCACCAGCUAUCACGAUCCGCUAUCGAUCGAUUUUGAAACCACCCGAAACGUGCCUGCUUUGCCUUUGAUAUAAUCAUGCUACGUGUAUUCUCGUACUCCAUUAUGGUCGCUCCAGCAAAACAGCCGACACUGAACUAAAAUUCAAACAAUGAAUUAAAACACAGAUCAUAUGUGGCUUAAGAAUAGAAUUCACUUACUGCUCCUGUGAACGCCACCGCUUUGAUAACAUUAUUUACCGGCACCGAAUUGCCAUCUGUCGCCGGUUCUCCAACAUUGGGUUUUAUGUUACUACUCCUCGUUCUCUGUGCGUGGAAAUGACGAACUGGCGGCUGCCAAAAUCUUUGAUUGGGCUGGAUGUGUCUGCUAGCAAUAUUUGCAUGAAAUCUGUAACUAAGGUUCCCCCAAUCCCAUCGAUUAGAUGACAUAUAUUAUGUGGCCGGCCGGCUCUUUGAGCGCUUACUUACGUCACCUGUGAUAGCCAGCUUUGACAUAGCGCGCGAUGAACAAGCAUAAUAAUUCGGAAAUCAAGAAUUUUGCAUAAAAUAAGUAAUGUUU